CCGGCCACUUCCGGUUGCAAUGUUUUUGGGUGAGGUGGUAUGUUUGCUGAAUGAAUGUGAUAAAGUCUACGUAGUUGAGUAGUUUAUCGGUUGUGAAAAAUGACAUAACUUUGUUGAGUAAUUAAACAUCAAUAAUUUCUCCCGAGGUGUAAAGUACAGCAUGUCAGCGCAUUUAGACGUUUUUCGAGGUAGCUUGCUUGCUUGCUGCUAACAAAGAGACGCCGAUGUUAGCGUUAUCGCCUAAAACGUUGGCAGUGAAGUCCAAAUCCUCUAGCAGGCAAUAUCUGCUGUUGGGGAAAUAUUUGCAUUCUUUAGCGAAAGAAGAGGACGUUUCUGAAACAAAAGAGGGGCGCGAACGACAACAUCGUUGUGUUGUUACACUGAGCAGCACACAAUGGAGGACAUCGGCGGGACCAGGAUCUGCUGCAAAGCGGAGGGGGAGGAGGCAGACCCCCCGCACAUUAAAGAAGAAGAGGACGAUCACAGCAUCAGUCAGGAGGGAGAGCAUCUCGAAGGACUGGAGGAGGACCAAGUCAUCCGUGUCAUUGUGAAGUGUGAAGAUGAUGACGACAAAGGUCAAAGUGAGGAGAAGAGAGAGAUGGAGCCUCAAAGCAGCGGCUCAACUCAACAUGUGACGGGACAAGCUGAUGGAGUGUACUGUGGAGGACCACACGGAGACGGCGUCACAGCGCCACUGUCGGAUAGCGACGACACAAAGUCAUACUCUCCUGACACGGAUGACGAAGCCCCUAAGUCUGACAUGACAUGUCAUACUGACAACACGCGAGUGACGUGCUCGGAAUGUGCUCGGACUUUUUACGACAAGAAAACUCUGACUGUGCACAUGAGAACGCACACCGGGGAGAAGCCGUUCGUCUGUUCGGUUUGUGGUAAAACAUUUGCUCAGAGGGGAAAUUUGAUCAAACACACCAGAACACACACCGGAGAGAAACCAUUUUCCUGCCCAUUCUGCAAUACGAGUUAUAGUGAUCGUUCAACUUUAGUGAAACACAUUCGACGACACACUGGGGAGAAACCUUUCAGCUGUUCGUUCUGUGGCGAGAAAUUCUCUCGCAAGUCUAAUUUGAUAACACACACACGAACACACACCGGGGAGAAACCCUUUUCCUGCUCGGUCUGCAAGGCGACUUUUAGCGACCGCUCAACCUUGAACAAGCACACGAGAACGCACACCGGAGAGAAACCCUUCAUCUGCUCCAUGUGCGGUCAAAGAUUCUCUCAAAGGGAACACUUGAGGAGACAUACAAGAACGCACACCGGAGAAAAACCAUUUUCAUGCUCUGUUUGCAGCAAAAGUUUCAGCGAUCGGUCAACAUUUGUUCGGCACAUGGGGAGACACUCGGGACAAACCGCUCAUGUGGACAAAAGGGACUGAAAAGACACACAAGAAGGCAUCACGGUGAGAAACACGAGGCACACCGACCAUGUUGGACAGGGCUUGUGUUUCCUCACCUGCAGAGAGUACCGGGCUGUUAGAAACUGUGAAAGUUGUAGUAGAACAGUUUGAUUCAGUUGAACUUGGUAUUGGCUGAUCAUAAAGGCCAGCAGAGUCAGUGUGGGCGUAUCUAGUGGAUUUUUCCACACACCAAAGAGAAAAGAUCUCGAUGCUCUGUGAGCAGUGUCCCAUGUAAGCAUUAAAGAGGACCUGUUAUGCUCAUUUUUGGCCCUUUGUAUUGAGUUGUGGACUCCUACAGAGCAGCUACACACGAUAACCCGCGCAGAAAGCCUUCUAGAUCUUCCAGAAUCGGCACCUAUUCCAGCCGGAUUUCCUUGAAUUUUCAAAGUGGUCUGUUUUCAUUUAUUCCGGCUUGUGCAACGCCCAUAUAAGGAAGUUACCGGCUGAAUGGAGCCGUUGCCAUCCCAAACUUCUUUCAGGGAUCUCUUCCAAAUGAGCCAACCUCAUUAUGUGGAACAUUGGCGUGGUUUAACACCAGAAUACAACAUUCUAACAACAUUCAUUGGGCAGAAAUGUGGAAAAUGCACAACAGGACCUCUUUAAUGCCUGGAUGUUACAUUGCUGUAGGCCAGCAGCACUCAUGAAAAGUGGCUUUUAUUUUAUUUUAAGAUUCAAGAUCUGAAUCUUAAAAUAAAUUCUGUUUCCUUCUUUUUAAGCCUCAUUUUCUCAACAAUGAUACAAUACAGUCGUCCCUCGCCCCUUUCGUGGUUCCAAUUUUACGGCUUCACUCUAUCAUGAUUUUUCCAAAUAAAUACAUUUCUACU